AUGUCCUUGGCUUUUUGUGGCAACGAGAACAAUUCGGCUGCCUACAAGGUGAACAAUGGGGUGUUCAACAACGGCUGCUUCGUGGACGCGCUCAACCUGGUGCCUCACGUUUUCCUGCUGUUCAUCACCUUCCCCAUCCUCUUCAUAGGAUGGGGAAGUCAGAGCUCCAAAGUUCAUAUCCAUCACAGCACUUGGCUUCAUUUUCCUGGUCACAAUUUACGGUGGAUUUUGACUUUUAUCCUUUUGUUUGUGUUGGUCUGUGAAAUAGCUGAGGGCAUAGUAUCAGAUGGGGUCUCAGAAUCCCGUCACUUGCACCUGUACAUGCCUCCUGGUAUGGCGUUCUUGGCAGCCAUCACUUCAAUCAUUUACUAUCACAAUAUUGAAACAUCAAAUUUUCCGAAGUUGUUAAUAGCUUUGUUAUUCUACUGGACUUUAGCUUUUGUAACCAAAACCAUCAAAUUUGUAAAGUUUUAUGAUAAUAAUGUUGGACUCCUUCAGCUUCGAUUCUGCCUCACUGGGCUCUUAGUAGUUCUUUAUGGAAUGCUGCUAGUUGUGGAAAUCAAUGUCAUCAGAGUAAGGAGAUAUGUUUUCUUCAAAAAGCCCAAAGAAGUUAAGCCUCCUGAGGACCUUCAAGAUCUUGGAGUCAGAUUCCUGCAACCCUUUGUCAACCUGCUGUCCAAAGGAACAUACUGGUGGAUGAAUGCAUUCAUUAAAACUGCACAUAAGAAGCCAAUAGAUCUGAAAGCUAUAGGCAAACUGCCUAUUGCCAUGAGGGCUGUGACAAAUUACAUGCGCCUUAAUGAAGCUUUUGAAGCACAGAAAAGCAAAAGCACUCCAUAUCCACAGGGAUCCAAGUCUCUCUGGUACGCUCUCUGCUGUGCCUUUGGAAGACCUUUAGUUCUAAGCAGCGCUUCCCGUAUCCUAGCAGAUUUGCUUGGAUUUGCUGGCCCACUCUGUAUCUCUGGGAUUGUGCACCAUGUUGGGAAAGGGAACAACACUUUCCACCCUCAGACUAAAAUACUUGGUGUUUUCUUCAUUUCAUCUCCAGAAUUUCUGGCCAAUGCCUAUGUUUUGGCAGUUCUCCUCUUCUUUGCACUUUUAUUGCAAAGAACCUUUCUCCAGGCAUCGUACUAUGUUGCCAUUGAAACAGGAAUUAACCUGAGAGGAGCAAUACAGACAAAGAUUUACAAUAAGAUUAUGCUGUUGUCAACUUCCAAUAUGUCGAUGGGGGAAAUGACUGCAGGUCAGAUAUGUAACCUGGUAGCUAUAGAUACAAACCAAUUGAUGUGGUUUUUCUUCCUUUGCCCUAAUCUUUGGGCUAUUCCAGUACAGAUUAUUGUAGGAGUCAUUCUACUCUACUAUCUGCUUGGAUUCAGUGCUUUAAUUGGAGCUGUGGUAAUCAUAGUUCUCGUGCCUGUUCAGUACUUUGUAGCCACAAAACUUUCACAAGCUCAAAGAAGUACAUUGGAAUAUUCCAACGAAAGGCUGAAGAAAACAAAUGAAAUGCUUCGUGGUAUAAAACUCCUUAAGCUGUAUGCAUGGGAAAACAUCUUUCACAGCAGUGUGGAGGAAACCCGGCAAAAGGAAAUGACUAGCCUCAAGGCAUUUGCUCUCUAUACCUCCAUAUCAAUUUUCAUGAAUGCAGCAAUACCUAUUGCAGCUGUUCUUAUAACAUUUGUAGUCCAUGCCCACCUGUUUCAGAAUGCUGACUUUUCUCCUUCGGUGGCCUUUGCUUCACUCUCCCUCUUCCACAUCCUGGUCACACCCCUGUUCUUGCUCUCCAGUGUUGUUAGAUCCACAGUCAAAGCUCUUGUAAGUGUUCAGAAGUUAAGUGAAUUUCUGUCAAGCGAAGAAAUUGGAGAAGAACGUGACAAAUGUUUAGAACCCAAAUGCAAAGACAGCAUCAGCAAAUACCAGGCAGUUGUAAGUGCUAGCAUUGCAUUGCAUGCUAAAAGGGUGACCUAUCUGUCUCCUCCUGAUCCUGCACAGCCCCUCAAAGUUGUUAAUCGUAAGAGGCCCACCAAAGAGGACUGGAAGAGUUACAGCUCUCCAAUAAGAAGACCUGUUAGCAACACAGAAGCAGAUGAUUAUUGUGUGAAGGUCACAAAUGGAUUUUUCACUUGGACCUCUGAAGGACCUCCAGCAUUGUCCAACAUUGACAUACAAAUCCCUCAAGGUCAGUUAACAAUGAUUGUGGGACAGGUGGGCUGUGGUAAGUCAUCCCUCCUACUAGGGAUACUUGGGGAGAUGCAGAAAGUAUCUGGGAACGUAAUCUGGAACAGUAUUCCUGACAGCGAGAUGGGGGAAGAUACAAGCCAAGAGAAGGAAACUGCUAUCAGCAUGGAAAACAGGAAAAGAGGACCAGUGGCAUAUGCUUCCCAGAAACCAUGGCUACUAAAUGCUACAGUGGAAGAGAAUAUCACUUUUGAGAGCCCCUUCAAUAAACAAAGAUACAAAGCAGUAAUUGAUGCUUGCUCUCUUCAGCCUGAUAUUGACAUACUUCCUCAUGGAGACCAAACACAGAUUGGAGAAAGGGGCAUUAAUCUUUCUGGUGGUCAGCGCCAGAGGAUCAGUGUGGCAAGAGCUCUUUACCAACAGACGAAUGUUGUGUUCCUGGAUGAUCCAUUUUCUGCACUGGAUAUCCAUCUGAGUGAUCAUCUCAUGCAGGAAGGAAUCCUGAACAUGCAAAGAGAUGACAAGAAGACUGUUGUUUUGGUUACCCACAAGCUACAGUAUCUACCACAUGCUGAUUGGAUUAUUGCAAUGAAGGAUGGUACUAUUCAAAGAGAAGGCACACUGAAGGAUAUUCAGAAAUCAGAAUCUGAGCUCUUCGAACACUGGAAAACACUGAUGAAUCGACAGGACCAAGAGCUGGAGAAGGAAACCUUAAUUGAACGAAAAACUGUAUUAGAUAGGAAAAAUCUUCAAAGGACAAUGACGUCUCGAGAAACUCUGCUCCAAGAUGAAGAAGAGGAUGAAGAUGAAAUUCCAGAAACUGAUGAUGAAGACGACAACCUAUCUUCUGUCCUUCAUCAAAGAGCCAAGAUGCCUUGGCAAGCAUGUGGGAAGUACCUCAGCUCUGCAGGAUUCCUCCUAUUGCCUUUGCUGAUCCUUUCGCAGCUCCUGAAACAUUCAGUUAUGGUAUCCAUUGACUUUUGGCUAGCACAAUGGACAUCUGAUGUCAUUUCCACUAAGGUGGAAAAGAGAUUGAAUUGCUCCGUUUGUGAGGAAACCACUUUUAAUCAUUCCCCCUAUUCAAGAGUAUUCAGCAUUCUCUCCUGCCUUGGAAUUAUAUUAUGUUUUGUAACAUCAAUAGCAGUAGAGUGGACUGGUUUAAAAGUUGCCAAGAAACUACAUUGUUCUCUGCUGAAUAAAAUUAUUUUGGCCCCAAUGAGGUUUUUUGAAACAACACCCCUGGGAAGUAUUUUGAACAGAUUUUCAUCUGAUUGCAACACUAUUGACCAGCAUAUUCCGGCAACCCUGGAGUGCUUGAUCCGUUCCACCUUGCUUUGCUUAUCAGCUCUUGCUGUAAUCUCCUAUGUCACUCCUAUGUUCCUCAUAACUUUAGUCCCUCUUGCUGUCAUAUGCUAUUUCAUCCAGAAAUACUUUAGAGUAGCAUCAAGGGACCUGCAGCAGUUGGAUGAUAGUACCCAACUUCCACUACUUUCUCACUUUUCAGAGACUGUAGAAGGCCUUACCACUAUUCGAGCAUUCAGGUAUGAAACCCGGUUUAAACAGAAGAUUCUUGAAUAUACGGAUUCUAACAACAUCGCUUCCCUUUUCCUUACAGCGGCCAAUCGCUGGCUAGAAGUUCGGAUGGAAUAUAUUGGGGCAUGUGUGGUACUCAUAGCAGCUGUUGCUUCAAUUACAAAUUCUCUAUACAAUCAUCUUUCUUCUGGUCUUGUAGGCUUGGGACUAACUUAUGCUUUGAUGGUAUCUAACUACCUAAACUGGAUGGUUCGCAACCUGGCUGACAUGGAACUGCAGCUUGGAGCAGUGAAAAGACUAAAUGGUCUUAUAAAAACAGAAGCUGAAAACUAUGAUGGGCUCCUCUCUCCAGCACAAAUUCCUCAAAACUGGCCUGACCAGGGUGAGAUUCAAAUACAGAAUCUAUAUGUCCGCUAUGACAGUACCCUGAAACCAGUUCUAAAGCAUGUCAAUGCCCACAUCUCUCCAGGACAAAAGAUUGGAAUAUGUGGCCGAACAGGCAGUGGAAAAUCCUCUUUUUCUCUUGCCUUUUUUAGAAUGGUUGAUACUUUUGAAGGAAGGAUUAUUAUUGAUGGCAUAGACAUUGCCAAACUUCCAUUACAAACACUGAGAUCCAGACUGUCAAUCAUUCUCCAAGAUCCUAUUUUGUUCAGCGGCACAAUCCGAUUUAACUUGGAUCCAGAAAAAAAAUGCACAGACAGCAUGCUGUGGGAAGCUUUGGAAAUAGCACAACUGAAACAUGUGGUGAAAGCUUUACCUGGGGGACUAGAUGCCAUUGUCACAGAAGGUGGAGAAAAUUUCAGUCAAGGGCAAAGGCAGCUCUUCUGUCUAGCCAGGGCCUUUGUACGGAAGACAAGUAUCUUCAUCAUGGAUGAAGCCACUGCUUCUAUUGACAUGGCAACUGAAAACAUUCUUCAGAAGGUUGUAAUGACUGCAUUUGCAGAUCGUACUGUAGUAACAAUUGCACACCGUGUGAACACUAUCCUUAAUGCAGAUAUGGUUAUUGUAAUGAAGAGAGGAGUUAUUCUAGAAUAUGAAAAACCAGAGAUUCUGUUGGAACAAGAAGGCAGUGUGUUUGCUUCUUUUGUCCAGGCAGACAAGUAAACAAAGUGAAUCUUUGAAAGUGCAAUUUUAGUAUCCAUUAUCUAAACUUGUAAAUAAAUAUUGAUUAUUUACCAAUAAAUUACUCUGUCUCUCCAUUCUUGAGAAAACUGUGGG